AUGACGAAUAGCAUGACACUUGGUCGACUUUCUGUGAUCAUCGUGGUGACACUUCUUCACUGGGUCACGCCAUCGCAUGCAGACGGCGGCUCGGUGGCAGAAUCGGCGGUCAAAAGUGAAAAUAGCACCGUGAUCACAAUGCGAAAAGAGAGUCUCGAUCAACUGGGCAAUAUGCUGCUGGAUUGGGCAGAUGAGUCGCUGCGUCGCGGUCACAUUGAUGUACUUCCUGGUGUCACCAUUGAGAGAAAUCACAGCGCGCAGCACUCCGAGACGCGGUCGUUCGGCAGCGUGGAAAAGCGUCUCCGUGACUUUGCCGAGAGUUGCGUCAUAAACGUGGAUGUGGGACGAGCUCUCGGCACUGGCCGGAUAUUCUUCUUUAAAGGCCUCAAGAAGAUGAUGUGGCCCCUCUUUAUCGGCCUGCAAGUCGUCAAGACGGCCCUCUUGGCACUCUUCCUGCCCAGCCUCAUCGGAUCCCUGGGGAAGAUUGUCGGCAAAGGCUUAUCAUCGGUGUCGGCAUUCGGACAGCCUCAAGAACCAGUCGAAGAUCUGGAAUUCAAAGAUAACUCCUAUUUGGACAGCGAGAGUAGCUAUUCAACGGGAACAGGAAAUGGUAUGACCAACCAGAAUGGCGGGGCAACUUCUUUCAUGCAGCAAGAUAAAUACGGAAAUGGUGUGUUUGACGGAGCGACGUCGGAGACACAGAACAACCUCGUGAGGUUCGGCCCGAAUGGCCAGAAGGUGUACAUGAUGGCACCGAAUGGCGACUACUACUCCAAGUUCCCCAACGGCAUGAUGUCGGCCAAGAAGGACGACUUUAAGGUCUUCCACGACAUCCCAGCGUCGUCGAUGCUGCUCACGAACUACGAUCCCUUCUACAGUCCUCUGCUGUCGCGACUCGAUGCCAUAUUCCAGCAGCUGGGCCUGGGCGCCGGCGAGGAGGCCUGUCGCCAGAAGCUCGUGUGCCUAAUGUACGCCAGUCCGGCCAAAUAUGCGCCCUACAGCAACCUCAUUUCGGCCCAGCUGAGUAGGGAGCUCAAUGAGCUAAAGAGGCCAACUUCGGACAACCCGGAUAUCAUGCGCUUCUUCAAGUACAUGAAGGCCGCCAAGGAUGGCCAGGAUGGAGUCAAUUGCGACAUGGCGAAUCGCGAUUGCAUCGAUCUCAAAGACAACACAAGUCCGGCUAUGAUAACGACAUUCAACGACAUCAACAAAUUGGUUCACGCUAGAAAAUUGCACUGAUUAUGCAGCUCUUGCAUUUCGUCCAGUGAGCUGAAAUUCAAUUUAGAUGGGCAAAAGAAGGCCCUCAAAUUGCAUAGACAAUCCAAUACCAUUGACAGUGAUUUUGCUUGUUCCACGCUGUAAUUACUUUACGUAUUCGCUCCAUUUAACCGAAGUGCAAUCUUACGUUAAUCGGAAUCAGUGUUAUAUAAUUUGUGCUAUAAAAUGUCAUCGAUGUGAGGGAAUUAAGAACAUUUUGAGGGAGGACUUUAAUUGAAAUUUAAUAAGUGAGGACUGCAAGACUCUAAACGUGAAUUCUUCUUAUUUCGCGGUAAAUUGAGUGUGUGCUAACGGGAACAAUGUGACUCACAAUUUCGCUCUUCUGAUUCAUACCUUUGGCACUGCAUGAGACUGAUGACAUGUCGGAGUAAAUAUUUAAGUGGCCACGAGGAGAUUGAGGAGCGCAGGUGAUGGUGAGAGAUAGUCUCUCCUCUCACCAGGAACAAUCUUAGGCAAUUAAUACUUUGGGUGGAUGGCCAACAAAGAAAACGAAAACACUUGGAUCCAAAUUAGGUUAAUUAAUGGGAGUGUGUGUUGGAAUGGGAAAUGAUUUUAAAAAAAAGCUUCUCUCACUUUAUUCUUGUGAAUCUUUUCUUGGAAAUUACUCCUCCGGAGAUUGUAGUAAUUUAUUUUUUAUUUAUUUUCCACUAUUUGAAUAAACUGUCUGUAG